UGCACUCUUAAGUUUGUUUGCCAACCGCCAUUAAACACAAGAAGAAGAAGAAGCAGAAGAAGUAGAAGAAGAUAUCAAAGAAUGUCUGUUAAGCCUUCUAAUCUAAAUCCAGAUAAUCAAUUUAAAUGUUUCUACUCACAAGUAUAGAAAAUGGUAUUAAGAAAGCAAUGGAAAGAUGAGGACAUGGUGCAGGCAAUGGAGGAGGUGGCUGGAGGCAUGCCAGUGCGCCAGGCAUGUAAGGUCUUCAAUGUCCCUCGCAACACCUUGAUGGACCGAGUGAGUGGGCGGGUUACCCAUGGGCGCCGUUCAGGCCCAAGCAACAAACUCUCCGUUGAGGAUGAGCAAGCUUUAGUGGAGUAUUGCCAGUACUGUGCAUACCAUGGGUUCCCACUCACAAAGGCUCGGCUCCAGGCAUAUGCCACCGUGGUGUGGAGGAACAGGACCAAACAGCCAGCAUUGCCGCCAUUAAGUCAUAGGUGGUGGACCUGUUUUAAGAAGAGGCACGCGGCUGUAUUAAGUUUGGCUUUAGAGAACAUUGGCCAGGUGAGGUCCACCUGUGCAAAACCAGAGCCGGUGAUUCGCUUCUUCGACUUACUGGAGAAGACAAUGAAUGAGCACGGGCUGAGGAAUAAACCAGCACAGGUAUAUAACUGUGACAAAACCGAGUUUAACAUGGAGAAAAGCAGGAGCCAGAUGGUGGCACAGCGGGAGACAAAACACCCCCGUGUGUCAGUCCUGGCCUGCUUCAAUGCAGCUGGGGAGGACAUACCACCUCUUAUUAUAUUUCCCAAGUCCUUCCCUGGGGGCCAGUACACCACAGGGGGGCCCCCCGAUGCCAUCUAUGGGAAAACUCCAGAGGAGUACGUCGAUAGUAAACUCUUUCUAAGGUGGUUCCAUCACUUCCUCCUUCACGCGCGGCAGGAGCGCCCUCUGGUCCUUAUCUUUGAUGGACACAAGGCCCACCCCUCACCACCAGUCGUCGAGGCGGCUAUAAGGGCGGGUGUCGUACUGCUACAUCUCCCCUCAUAUACCUCCCACGUUCUUCAGCCCCUGGAAGUGGGUUUCUUUGGCUCUUUGAAGGUAGAUUUUGCCACGGUGGCUGACAAUCUCUGCCAUUUAAAACAUUCUUAUAUUGUGAAUCGGACGGAAUUUGCCAAAAUUGUCCACCACCCGUACCAGCAGGCUAAGGCUAAUGGAGUGGUGGUGCGAGGGUUUAAGAAGUGUGGCAUCUUCCCUCUUGAUAGGACAGUCAUCAAAUCCCGCCACCCCACCUGCAGCAGGACCACUGCCACCACCACCAGUGGACCAUCCCCCUCCUCCUCAGUAGGAACCUCUGCAUCCCCUCCACCCAUAGGCUCCUCGCAAACACCAGACUCCCAGCCUUCCCUAAGCCAAGUGUUGGUGGAAGCAGAGUUGAUCUCCCCUAUCACUGCGGAGGAGUAUGAGAAAUUCCUACAGCAGAAGGAACAGCAGUCCGCAGGGGCCAGAGAGGCAGAGAAGCAGAGGGAUCGAGCCAACAACUUCGCCCUACAGACCACUGACCCCGUCGCGACCUCCAGAAGAGGCCGCAGUGCCCGUACCCUUGCCUGUGCCUCCUCCCCCUCUUCCUCCAACCCCUCCGCAGCCACCUCCUCAGCAAAGAAAAGGAAGGCUGCGGUUCUGACACAAGCAUCUCUUGCAGGACAGAAGAGAAACAAGAAGUCAGCCGGAGGUGACAAAAAAACACCCAAGGCAACUGUUCAGAGAAAGCAAUGGAAAGAUGAGGACAUGGUGCAGGCAAUGGAGGAGGUGGCUAGAGGCAUGCCAGUGCGCCAGGCAUGUAAGGUCUUCAAUGUCCCUCGCAACACCUUGAUGGACCGAGUGAGUGGGCGGGUUACCCAUGGGCGCCGUGAAGGCCCAAGCAACAAACUCUCCGUGGAGGAUGAGCAAGCUUUAGUGGAGUAUUGCCAGUACUGUGCAGACCAUGGGUUCCCUCUCACAAGGGCCCAGGUCCUGGCAUAUGCCACCGCGGUGUGGAGGAAGAGGACCAAACGGCCAGAAUCGCCACCAUUAAGUACAACGUGGUGGGCCUUUUUUAAGAAGAGGCACACGGGUGUAUUAAGUAUCACGUGCAGAAAGAAAAGGCCGACCACUGCUGCCGCCACCACCACCGGACCAUACCCCUCCUCCCCAGUGAGAACCUCUGCAACACCUCCACCCAUAGGCUCCUUGCAAACACCAGACUCCCAACCUUCCCUGAGCUAAGUGUUGGUGGAAGCAGAGUUGAUCGCCCCCAUCACUGGGAAGGAGUACGAGAGAUUCCUACAGCAGAGGAAACAGCAGUCUGCAGGGGCCAGAGAGGCAGAGAAGCAGAGGAAGCGAGCCAACAACAUCGCCCUAGAGACCACUGACCCUGUUGCGAUCUCCAGAAGCGGCCGCAGUGCCCGUACCCUUGCCUGUGCCUCCUCCCCCUCUUCCUGCAAGCCCUCCGCAGCCACUUCCUCAGCCAAGAAAAGGAAGGCCCCAGCACCGACACAAGGUCAGAAGAGAAACAGGAAGUCAGCUGGAGGUGACAAAAACACAUCCCAGGCAGAAGACAACGGUCAAAUGUAUUAUUUUAAAGUCUGUGGGAAGUGCGUGGAGUGUCUAUGUGAACAGUGGGACCACCAGGACGACGACAGCGAUGAGGGGUUUCAGUGUGUGCGAUGCCGGGGCAUAUGUGCUGAAAGUGAUUAUCGUUCAGUUAUCAUAUUAUAAGGCUUUGGUUGGCCACAGACAGCUAAGCUAACAAAUCACUUCUCGGUUUGUCUUUAAGAGUUUUAUGAUUUUCUUUUUUCUAGUCCUAUGACUUGUGUGUUGUGGGCUGUGUCAGAACAUGUUGUGUUUAUUUGCUGCUGCUGUUGAGGCAUAAGCUAUGAUCAGUAAAGAAGUGCUCCACAAAAACCUGGACCGUGAGUGGUGACAUCUACUGUAUAUACUCAAUUGGGUUUUAUAUCCUCUGAUAAUGGUGGUUGGUUGUUGUUUUAUUUAACUUUAUGAAUAAACAACUUGAGUAGGUACCUAGUAGGUAGGUACCUAGUCAUGUUUUGCAGAUUUAAGUUGUGUACCAUUAUAUUUACAUUUAAAGUUAACUAACUGUAUUUUAGUUUCACUAUGUGUUAUUUACUAGGUGAAUUAUAAUAUAAUAUAAUAUAAUGUAAUAUAAUGGAAGAGCUGGCUUCAUUCGCCUAACACAUUCAUUUGUGCUGUAGGAGGUACAGCACAUGGAAAAUGUGAUGAGAAAUUCAAUCAAAAGCCUGUAAUGAAAAUAAACAAAUA